AUGAUCCAGACAGAAAAAAUUAAAAAGUUGAAAAAAAAAAAUUUCAGAUCACUCGUCCCUCGAUUAAUUAAAAGUAAAGCAGAAGCUGAUAAAUGUCAGUCUUUUAAAAAUAAUAAUUCCGAUGACAAUGAAUCUGAUAGUAGUAAAAGUGGGAUCAGUUGCAAUCUUGUUAGUAAUUUUUGUAAUACAGAAGACGAGUACCAGGAGUACGAUCGCGAAGAAGAAGAUGAUGAUAAAGAAGACAAUGAUCUAGAAAAAAAAUUAUCUAGGUUAGGACUGUGCGCUGCAUGUCAUUUGACUGUUGAUACAACUAACAGAGGUUAUGAUAAAUCAUUACUGUGUAAUGAAGGUCAUGUCGUAUGUCAGCGAUGUAUCAGACAUUAUUCACUAGAUCCAGAUGAAGAUUGUCUGCUUUGUGCUGACUCUGAAAAAAAUUCCCCGACAAGUAAUGACAGUAAUCUGGUCUACGAAGACACCUACCCGGUUUAUGACCUCGAAAAUAAUAAUUUGAAUUUAAAUUUAAAUUCGCCAGACUCUAGCUCUGCAAACAAUAAAAAUAAUCAAUCAAAAACCAGAGCAAAUCCAGACUCUUUCAUUGUCAACAGUCGUAAUGAGCCGGAAGCUCGUGAUAAAACAACCAGACAAGCAGACUUGGAGCUGUCAUACACAUCACUGACGUCAUCAGAAAGACUAGGUGUAGGCUCAAGUCAAAUAACCGAUUGUUCACGGCGUCCAAUCCAUUGCCCACGGCUAGAUUGUGCCAUAAAUAUAACAUUUUCAUCCCUCGUUCAUCAUUUUGUGUUCGAUCAUCCAGAAGUACCGAUAAUGAGUAUCGAACCGGGUAUUAAAAGCACCUUGAUCAUCAACGCAUCAAGUUUAUCUCGUGAUUCUAGUCUCUGUCUCGCUAUUCUUCUCAUUUCUGGUAAACUGACAGCUCCAGUAACUCGUUUGUUUAACGGAAAUCAGAUUCAUCCGAAAUAUCGUAAUCGUCUGCCCCUGCCUGUCCUGGCAGCGCGACUGCACUCCAAUCAUCCUUGUCCAGAUCCAAACAACCCCCAGAGACAUGAAACUCAAGUUAUCGCGUGGAUUGCAGGACUAGAUGUCGCCAGUAUCGGGACACUUCGCUAUACAAUUCAAGUAGUUGAUGAUUUAGAAGACAAUGUGAGGUCAUUAGCGUACUCUGGGCCAAUAACCUCACUGCGGAUAGCGCAGCGUCCGCGGGAAGUACUUCAAAAUGGCGAUUGCUUAAUCAUACACCAGGGAUUGGUUAAUCAAUUAACGGCAGCGGGUAACCUCAAUAUAAACGUGAUUGUUCAUUAAAAA